AUGCUUGAGCUGAAUCCCCCUUGGGAACGUCCUGUUGGAAGACAGUGCGCUAUUGUUGCUUUGCUCCAUCCAGAUCCACAAGCUUAUCUCAUUUUAUAUAUAGAAAAUUCAUCUGUCGCCGAAUUCAUUCUUAGCCCCACUCCAUCCAGUGACCUGGAUGAUCCUCUGAACUGGUCUACUCUUAGAAAAGCCGUCGACUUUGGACUGACCUGCUCGUAUGUUUUGAUUACGUUCGUUCUCAUCGAUGUUAACAGCCUUUGUUAUCGUUGGUACAUUGAAGAGUUGGGCCUGGACUAUGGGACCUUCAAUCAAGCUAGCGGUACAAACUUCGCGGGACUGGCAGCCGGUGCCCUUCUGUUUAUUCCACUUGUGUAUAAUGAGGCGCUAGUGAUGAUCACCAUCGUGGACCUAUUCUUUGUUCAUCAACAUGCUCGUAUGAAUGGUAUUUUUAUCUUUAUGCAGAGUCUCGGCUCCACCGGCGGGCCGAUCGCAGCAGGUUAUGUUGUUGUGGCAAUGGGGUGGAGGUGGAUGUGGUGGUUGAUAGCCAUCUUUGUCGGUGUAGACUUGAUUCUGGUAAUAUGUUUCUUCGAGGAAUCCAAGUAUAUACCGACUAUAAUCGGACACUCGGGUUUCACUAAGGGAACUGAGGUCAUCGAGACUAAAGGACUCGAUGAAAAAGCUGCCGAGACACAGAACCACCUCCGGAACCUAUCAAUCAGUUCUCGCCCAAACAGAAAAUCACUUCGCCAGAGGCUUGCUCUUGUGACGAAAACCGAACAGCCGAUUCUUCAACACUUCUACCAGCCCGUAGUUGUUCUCGUUACUUUUCCGGUGGUGGCAUUUACAGCGCUGACAUAUGGAUGUCUCCUUGCUUGGUUUUCAGCUAAUGGAUCGGCUGGAUCCUACUUUUUGAUCUACCCACCGUACAACUUUGGUGCCGCGGCAAUCGGGUUAUUCCACCUUGGUGGCUUCAUUGGUACUGUGAUUGCAACUUUAUUCAUUCCAAUGUUCAAUGACUGGCUCAUUGUGUACCUUGCUCGACGGAAUGGGGGUAUUUUCGAACCAGAGAUGCGUCUAUGGACAAUGAUUCCAGCUGUUUUCCUGAAUUGCAUCGGCCUAUUAGUAUUUGGGAUUGGUCUUGGAAGAGGUCUCCACUGGAUUCUUCUGUCAAUUGGACAGGCUAUAUUUGGUUUUGGAUUCAUCGUUACAGCAGACGCUGUGUUGACUUACCUAACUGAUUGCUACCCUGAUAUCCUUGGCGAUGCUUUGAUCGCGGUUGUUUUCGUCCGAAAUGGCCUAGCAAUGAUUAUUAGAUUUGCUUUUACCAAGUGGCUUGCAGGAAUGGGUAUUCAAAAUACGUUCAUUCUAAUCGGAGUCAUUGCACUGGCCCUAGGGACCUUGCCUAUUGUUUUUAUGGUUUACGGAAAGCGGGUGAGGGUGAAGUCUGCCACCAAUUUCGGUCGCAUUUAUAAGAAUAUCCGGCGAUACCACAGUAGCAAGGGAUUUCUGAUUCCUGACCAACUCGGAGGGGGGUCACCAUUUAAGGGGCAAAAUGACUGGUUUCUAUUGUUCAAUCUUCCACCUAUCGCCUUUAUUGGAGUAAUUAUGGCACAGAAGUUACAUCUUGUUGAGCUCCCGAGUGAGCUCUUGCGAGAAAUCAUCAAGCAUGUGAAUUAUAGCAUUGAUCUUUGCGCACUGUCGCAGACAACUCAUUUGUUUCAUUACCUCGUCAAGAAGCGGCUCGACUUCAACCUUCGUUAUAUAUUCAAGCAGUCAGGAGAACCACACACAGAGCGUCAAGCUCUUCGUUGGGCCUGUAUAAAUGGAAGGGACUCUUCUGUGCGCAGGCUACUUGAAGCCAGAAUUGAGAUUCCAAUGCCUCAAUAUGAGUGGCAUCCGAUCAUCCUCGCGGCAGAAAAGGGACACACACAAGUUGUGAAAGCAUUUAUAGAUCAUGGAGUAGACCCAAAUCCCUUCACUGGAUUCUAUGGAGAUGGACGCCAACUUGAAACAAAACGUUAUGGUAACCCGUUGAUAGCCGCAAUCAAAGGUGGCCACGAGUCAGUGGUUGCACUCUUGAUAAACCAUGGUGUUGAUUUGGAAUGUACUCUUCAAAAUAUCGAAAUAAUGCAGCCUUUGUUUUUGGCGACAAAAGAAAAUCAUUUGUCCAUCGCCAGCCUUCUCCUUGAUCAUGGAUGCAAUCCCCACACUCCGAACUUCCGACGGAAUGGACCUUCUGAGGACACCGCGUGGACGAUUGCUACCUCUCGCGCUCACGAUAUUCUUCAUAUGUUCAUUGAUAAAGGUGUACCGCCUGCUUUUGCCAAACGCCCCUCCUCUUCACCCGACCCCGGAAACAGCGAUCACCAGAAAUUGGUGCAAGCUCUGCGAUUUGGCAACCUGCCACUUGCUAGGUGUCUUUUUGAACAAGGCGUUAAACUCAAAAUGCCAUAUUACUCGCCUUGUGCCCAUGUGCUUGAUUAUGUUCAUUACGACAACCCUCUGCAUGUGGUUGGAUGUGCAGUAGGGAAAAAUCCCAAAGAAUCUGAAUUUUUGCUCGGAAAAAUCGAUCUGGAUGAUAUUGUUCACGGGGAUAGUCUGCGCCCAUUGGUGUCUCUCAUGGUUGGUGCAAUGCACGGUGGUCAUCAUGCGUUGGUAAAGAGUUUAUUGGACGCUGAUUGGUCUACAAAACGUCCGAUAGUUGGACCUGAAGAAUGGAAGGAUCACCUUAGCUCCUGCAUGAUGAUUGCCAUAUCAGGUGGCUAUAUCGACCUGGUUAGCUUGCUGCUCGAUUAUGGAGCAGACCCAAGAGGUGUAGUCAAUGACAGACAAAGCCGAGACGGGUACUAUCCACCAAUAUUCAUGGCAGCUACUAGGCAGGAUCGAGUUGACAUUCUAAGAUUACUUCUCGACCGAGGAGCAAAUCCAUUUCCUCGCCAGCCUAAGACUCUAUUCGAAUUAUUGAUUUAUAAUAAGCCAUGGAAUGCAUCGGACCAGAAAGCACCCGUCGAAACUGUUCGUCUCCUAAUCGAAAAAGACGUCCUCGUGCCCAAAAUGGGGGAUAGUCGUGAUACCAUUAUGACAGCUGCAAAAGGAGGACCAGAUAUAUUCAAGCUUGUGGCACAGCACAUGGGUAUUACGCCUCAGAAAGGCAACCCUUGUCAUGAAGUAGCAUUUCUCACAGCCGUUGAGAGCGGCGAUACCGCGACUAUGGAAUGGUUCCUAGAAGCCGGAUUCGACCCUAAUACACCGGGAAAUUCGGUGCGGUGCCGAUCAAGCAGUCUCCUGGCCAUCGCAGCGUCAUUGGACCGCCGUUCCGGAAUCGCUGAGUAUACUGUUGAUCUUCUACUGCAGUAUGGAGCAGACAUCGGGUGGCAAAGCCCUACUUCUAGAAGUACGCCUUUGUUCAUGGUCGUAAACGGCAAAUUCGGGACCGGCCUAGCAUGCCGGGAAAGAGCCACUGCUCUUCUUCUCAGAAAGGGGGCAGACCCAUUUACUGUGCAUCAAUUCAAAAUUCUCAUUGCAUAG